ACAAAAAGAGAAAAAUAAAGGCAGCGCCAAGCAGAGCGCGCCUGGGGCGGGGAGGGGGACAGUGCUUGUCAACAACUGCAGCCCACUCAUUUAGCAUCCGUCCACCGCCUGACGCUGCAGGCUUUCCAUCAGAGUCAUGCUAAAUUUUGGAGAGUCUGUUUUCCAGCACACCGAAGAGGGAAUGGAGAUGAUUAAUAAAAAGCAGUGCCUCAGGAGGUGUUAUUGGAAUUGUAUCAGUGAAAAGAGUGAUUUUGAAGCAGUGGAAGCUCUGAUGACCAUGAGCUGCAGUUGGAAAUCAGACUUCAAGAGGUAUGCCGAACGGAGACCAAUGACACCAGCUUCAGAUACAUCUGAGGAAUUUGAAGACAACUUGCUGCCUCCUGCUGAUUUUCGUACAAUACCAGCUUUUUGUUUAACUCCACCCUACAGCCCUUCUGACCUUGAAAUGUCUCAGACAGUCCAUCCAGCAACACCAGCGCCAUCUUGUGUACAGAGCAAGCCAAGUCCAAACAUUUCUGAGCAAGUCCUUAUGGCAUCUCCUAAAGAGACCCAAAAUGUUCCAGGGCCAAGAAUAUUGAGAGCUCAGGCAACAAGUGUCAUUCGCCAUACAGCAGAUGCUCAGCUUUGCAAUAGCAGAACCUGUCCAGCAAGAACAGACCAUGUUAGGAAGUAUCACAAUGAUAACAUGAGGGACGCAAAUCAGGAUGGCAGUACAAAAGCACCUUCAGCAGACAAUACAGAAGAAAAACAAAUUUUACCUUGUAAAAGCAUAUUACUGAAUACUGCAUUUUCUGAAGAUAAGCUGUCUGGCAUGCAAAAACCCCAAAGUCCAUUACAGGCCAUCAGCCCGGUGCCUUUUCAACAGACUGUACUUGGUACCUCUCCGUCUGUCCCCCGGUCUUCCCAGGUAACCCCGCCACCUUUUGUGCAAGUAGGAGGAGCCUCUUCCAUGCCAUUGCUUUGCCAAAUGGUUCCAUUGUCUGCUAACAACUCUGUUGUGACAGCAAUAGUAUCCAACACUCCUUGUGGUCAGUUGCCAUCCAACCUUUGCCAACCGAUGGUCCUCAUGGGAGCUCAAGUUCCCGAAGCAGCAGUUAUGUUUGUAGUGCCCCAGACUGUUGUUCAGAAUGCCAAGGCUCCAGUGAUCAGUCCUCAUGGCACCAGACUGUCACCUAUUGCUCCUGCUCCAGGUUUGGCCCCUCCUGCAACAAAGAUCACUCCAUCUGUUGACUGUCUCAGAACAAGAAGUCAUGUUUGUAACUACCCAGGAUGUGGAAAAACAUAUUUCAAAAGCUCCCAUUUAAAGGCACAUGUUAGAACACAUACAGGAGAAAAGCCAUUCAGUUGCAGUUGGAAAGGCUGCGAGAGGAGAUUUGCACGUUCUGAUGAACUAUCUCGCCAUCGCAGAACACAUACGGGAGAGAAGAAAUUUGCCUGCCCAAUGUGUAAUCGACGAUUCAUGAGGAGUGACCAUUUAACAAAACAUGCACGUCGUCACUUGUCAGCCAAAAAAUUACCAAACUGGCAGAUGGAAGUGAGCAAGCUAAAUGAUAUUGUUGCACCACAUACUUCUGUGGCUGCACAAUGAAAUAACUCAGUCUAAAGAGGCUGUUUAACUUACUUUUUCAGUUUAUGACUGGGUGCCAACAGUAAUGUGAAAAAAGCUUGCAGAAUAAGUCUGUGGUUCUACACAUUCGGAUUGGCAUGGCAUUGAAACGGAGGCAGUGGCUACCUGUACUCCUGGGUGUGAUGUAUAGGAUAGCAGGCAUUUUGUGCUUUGAGAAAGGAGAAACAGAAAUUUCAAUGCCAGUUCUGGAAAGAGCUAUUCCUGUGCACUCUGUAGCUGGGUAUGAGCUAGAGAGAGAUAAGACGUUAGAAUGUGGGAAUGUUUUCAAUGCUGUCGCAAAGAAAAUACAGGAUCUCAGUUUAUGGUACAGAAUCAGGGAUAAACUUCAGUAAUACUAGAGUGCUGAAACUUUUAAGUAGAAAUACUUGCUUUUUUCUCAGUUGUGAAUGAUGGAAAUGUGGUUAUCAACUUCCUGAGAUUAGGUGUAUAUCUUCAUUUCCUGGUAUCUAAAGUAUAGCUAAUUUAGCAAUUCUAUAUAACUUAAGCAUAUAAUUGAGAAAGAGGUAUCAUAUAUGGUUGGAUUAUUCUAAGGUGCAAAUCAAAUAAUCUUUUUACUAUUUCUUUUGAAAACAUCAAAAUUAGUACUAUUAGCUGUACUUCAGCAUCUUUUGUUAUUUGUGCAUUUAAGUUGCUUCCUACUUUUAUACAUUUAAAUUUCUGUAUCACUAAGAUGUUGAAAACCUUGAUACAGUGCACUUUGUUUAAAGUAUAAUUUAAGAGUUACAAAGCUUUAUUCCUCAAGGAAGAACAAAAGCAGUAUGCUAUGUUACUUUCUGAAAUUUCUGUAAAAUAGAAUACAAUAGAAGUAUGAUUGACCUUUACAUAUUUUAUAGAUAUAAUUUAAGCUGAAAUAAAUUGGAAAAUGAUGGAUUGCUUAUAAAGCAAAGAAAGUCAAGUCAUCAGUCCUAGAUGUGUACACAAUGAUUUUACCAUCAAUUUUUCAAUUCUCUUACUAUACUGAAUAAAUAUAAAAUUCUAGAGAGUGUUGUAAUAUCUAUUUUGUGACUACUUAAGAUUUUGCACAGUAUUUCUUAUGUACUUUAUACUUGUUUACAAUAAAUGUAGUUUUCUUUAAUAUAAAAUGUGUUCUCUCACUUUUUUGUGAUUUAAUUAAAAAUUGACAUUAAAAUCCA